AUGUCAACUGGGUUUCCAGAUCAUGCGCAACUUGACCUUCGCGCACAGUCACGCCCUCGUUAUUCUCAAAGCGCGGAGUCUUCGUUCGACUCUCAGAUGAGUGGGAUCGCCCAUAGCAGAUCGCCGCCGGGCCCCAUCACCGGUGGCACCGCGGAGGAGCAGAAGACAACCGAUACCAGAGCCACUGCCCAAAAAAGGAAUUGGGAUUAUGUAUUACGAAGUGGCCUGGCUGGAGGGUUGGCCGGCUGUGCGGCCAAAACCGUUGUAGGUCCUCUUGACCGUGUCAAGAUUCUUUUUCAAGCACAAAAUCCGCAAUUUGCCAAAUACAGUGGCAGCUGGGCCGGCCUGGCGCUUGCCAUCCGCGACAUCAAGCGUUUCGAGGGCGCCAAGGGCCUGUUUAAGGGCCAUUCGGCCACACUCCUCCGUAUCUUCCCCUACGCCUCCAUCAAAUUCCUCGCCUACGAGCAGAUCCGCGCUGUCGUGAUCCCGACCCCCGAUAAAGAGACCUCCAUCCGCCGCUUAAUAUCUGGCAGCUUAGCCGGCACCACCUCAGUUUUUUUCACCUACCCCCUCGAGCUCGUACGCGUUCGCCUCGCAUUCGAGACAAAACGAUCAUCACGGUCGUCCUUGACCGAUAUUUGCCGCCAGAUCUACCAUGAGCGCGUUGUGCCUCCAUCGACAGGCUCGGCGAUCGCCGCAGGCACCCAGCCGGCCUCUACCACCGUUGCUGCAGCUACAACCAUCUCCGCUACAGCCAACAAAGCGAUUCCACACUCUGGCAUCGCCAACUUCUACCGUGGAUUUGGCCCUACAAUUCUCGGCAUGCUUCCUUACGCUGGCAUUUCUUUCCUCACACAUGACACCGUUGGCGACUGGCUCCGCAUGCCCGCUGUAGCACAUUAUACCACCAUUCCGGCCUCCGAAUCGAAGCCCAAGAAGGGCUCCCGACAGCCGCAGCUGACUGCCGCCGCCGAACUAUUCUCUGGCGCUGUCGCGGGCCUCGUGUCACAAACAUCAUCAUACCCGCUAGAGGUGAUCCGCCGGCGGAUGCAGGUCGGCGGGGCCGUUGGCGAUGGCCGCCGGCUUGGCAUCAUAGAGACCGGUCACAAGAUCUGGCUUGAGAGGGGCUUCCGCGGGUUUUGGGUUGGUUUGACGAUCGGGUACAUCAAGGUCGUUCCGAUGGCCGCGACCGCAUUCUUCGUCUAUGAGCGGUUGAAGUGGUCGUUGGGUAUCUAG